AUGGCUUACACCUACCGGCCGCCCAAAGCCGGGUUCUUAUGUCGCGUAUGUGAAAAAUGGGUAGGAAAAGGACAUUAUUCCAACAAAGAAAUUGACAAGUAUGCCUAUAAAUUCUCUCGGGGUAAUCGAAUAACACCCAUCUCGGCGCGAUUAAGAUGUCGUAGCUGUGCCGGUGAACCAUCGCUCGAGCGCGAAUGCUUUGGACCCUGUGGUGAGAUUAAGCCGUUGGAUCAAUUCUCAAAAUCUUCUCGUCGUGCAGGAGGCUCUGGUUGGUGCCUUAUUUGUACGCUGUGGAAGGAGUCGGCGGAACCUAGCGUGACCGUCCUAGCUCCACCAAGUAGUACAUCUACCGUGGCAAAGGCUUUAAUGCUGUCCCAAUCUUACAACGAGGAUAGCUCUAGUUCUAGUUCGGAACGGGAUGAAGACGAUGAUGUCGAAGGCGAAGAAGAUGAUGAUUAUGAUUUUGACGAUGAUGACGAUGAUGAUAGUGAGGAUGGCGACUCAAGACUGGUUGGAGUAUUUCAUAACUCAGCUGGAUCUAGUAUAGCUCAUCAAAGUAGUGUAGACAUGUUAUCAUCAUACCAAGACGAUCUGAUUGACAGCUUUUCGGCGAGCAACGGAGAUGAGAAUUUUGGGCUAAACUUCAACUUAAGCCUAGGAGGCAACCAUAAAAAAAGUAUUUCAAAAACUUCUGAACAUCUCCUUGAUGAUAGUUUAGAAUCAUCGAUGAGUAUUCUGAAUGGGACAUCCUCAUUUUCAGGGGUCAGUAUUAAUAUUCCAAGCUUACAGCCAAAUACUUUAAACACCUGGGAUCCUGCAGACCAGACCAAACAGAAGGAAAUAGACGAUAAAAUAUUAUCGACAACUAAAGAGGCCCCGGCACCAGGUAAAAAAAGUAGAUGGGCUAUACCUGCUGGUUCUCGAAAUGCUAACAGGAUGUAUCCGAGUGAUAAAUUCUUGAAGUGA